AUGUUUGGCCGUUGGGAAGGUGGUAUAUGGCAAACAAUACCUGAUCGAAUAGAUACAGCUUUAACAUGGUCUAAUCAACAGAUAUUUUUUUUUAAAGGCAAACAUUAUUGGAAAACAAAUCGUUUUCAAUUGCAAGCAGGUUAUCCACGUUUAAUUAGUGAUGGUUUUCGUGGUCUUGAUGAACACCAUUUUUUUACUGGUCAUCUUGAUGCUGCUUUUAUUUAUAGUGGUGAUAAUCAUACAUAUUUUAUUAAAGAUGCUAUGGUAUGGCGUUUAAAUAAAAAUGUAGAAUUUGCUAAUUCAAUUGAUAUUGAUUAUCCUCAAUUUGUUUCACGUUGGUUACAUAUUGGAGAAAAAAUAACAAGUGCAUUACAAUGGAUUAAUGGUCGAACAUAUUUUUUUUCUCAUAAAACCUAUUAUCGAUAUGAUCAUGUUAAACAUCAAAUUGAUGAUUCUUAUCCAACAUAUCCUCGUCCAAUAUCUGAAUGGUGGCUUCAAUGUAAACAUGGAUCAUCAUCAUCGGAAGCAGUAGCAACAGCAGCAUAUUCUCAUUUAUCUCGAUGGAAACGUGCAGCUAUUAUAUUCGAAUCAAAUUAUACUGGCUUCGAGAAUUCGAAUCAUAAUAAUGGGCCACGAGAAAAAAAACGAAAUUCACUUCUGAUAAACAUUUUUAUAUUCGUCAUCACAUAUUACCUGUGA